AUGAUGCGCCACAUCGCCAACGCGCUCUACGAGAGAGCCACCGACGGCGCCCACUCGGUUUACAAGAGAGCUGCCGACGGCACUCCCCAGUACGACCUCCCCUCGUGGUCCUGGGCCGUGAUCCUCGCCGACUUCAUCGUCUUCCUCCCCCUCAUCCUCAUCCUCACCUACACCAUCCAAACGGUCUACCCCAUCUUCGCCAUCGUCGAGGAUGAGAACCCCCCGGCCUACGACCCCGUCAACCUGAACGAGGACGAUGCCGCCGACGUCCCCGGCGUCGGCCCCAUCCCGCCGAAGCCCACCGGAGGCCGCCCCACCACCGUCACCUCCUCCCUCCGCUCCAUCAACCGCCUCCUGACCUCCAACGGCGGCUGGCGCGCAAACUUCCGCGGCUUCUUCUGCAUGCUCGCCCAGGGCAUCGCCACCGCCGUCCUCUACGGCGUCUUCUCCGCCUUUCUCCCCAACAUCCUCGCCUCCCUCGCGACCCUCCUCGCCGCCCUCUCCCUCGUCCAGCUCAGCACCGCCUGGGUCCACAUCGUCAUCACCCCGCGCUCCCCUCUGCACUUCUGGUCCCGCCUCCCGCCCUUCAAGCGCACCUUCGACGCCACCGCCCGACCCGUCGCCGCCUACUGGCUCGCGACACAGGUCGCCACCUGGGUCCCCAUCGCCGUCGGCUGGGCUCUCGGCCUCGACCUCCCCAACUUCCGCUUCGGCGCCCCGACCACCACCGUCCCCGGCACCGAGCCCCAGAACUCCGACGCCUGGAAGAGCAUCGUCAUCACCCUCAUCAGCAUCGCCUUCCACAUCCUCGUCGUCAUCCCCGCCGAGGUCGUCCUCGUCCGCGUCCAGGCCUCCCUGCUCCCCGAGGAGUCCGACACCAUCAUCCCCUUCGAUCGCUCCUUCGAGGGCAAGGUCGAGCCGCGUGUCGUCGGCGGCAAGGGCUACGCCACCAUGGGCCAGGCCUGGGCCACCUUCUCCCGCGCCGCGUGGAAGCGUCUCGUCAUCCUCUACGCCAAGGUCAUCGCCGUCUCCGCUGCUGGUUUCCUGCUGAUGGCUGCUGUCAUCAUCCCCGAGGUUAUCCUGAUGGCCAGCAAGUCUACUCCCAAGAACUAA